AUGGAUGAACAUCGUAUUCCUUUGGAAGAAUUAUGUGCUGCUUAUGAAACCGAUAUUGAAAGGGGUUUGACAAGUGCUCAGGCCGAGAAGGUUUUGGCUCGUGAUGGGUUAAAUGCACUUUCUCCACCACGUACAACACCUGAAUGGGUGAAAUUCUGCAAGAAUUUGUUUGGCGGUUUUGCUCUUCUUUUGUGGGUUGGCGCUCUUCUUUGCUAUGUUGCACACACUGUUGAUGCUAUGACUCUUGAACAUCCAUCGAAAGACAAUCUUUAUUUGGGAAUUGUGUUGAUGACUGUGGUUAUUAUUACUGGAUGUUUUCAGUACUUUCAAGAGCGGAAAAGUUCACAGAUUAUGGAAUCGUUCAAAAAUCUUGUGCCGACUUUUGCUUUGAUAAUUCGUGAUGGAGAGAAACGACAGAUUCCAAGCGCUAAUUUGGUUGUCGGUGAUAUUGUUGAAGUCAAGGGUGGUGAUCGCAUUCCUGCUGAUAUUCGAAUUAUUAGAGCGCAUGGUUUUAAGUCCGAGCCACAAACUCGUACAAACGAACAAUCUGAGGAUGAGCCGUUAGAAGCUCGUAAUUUGGCUUUCUUUUCGACUAAUGCCGUUGAGGGAACUGCUACCGGUGUUGUUGUGAACACGGGAGAUAGAACGGUCAUGGGACGUAUUGCUCAUUUGGCAUCCGAUUUAGAUUCUGGAAAGACGCCAAUUGCUCGAGAAAUUGAACAUUUUAUUCAUAUUAUUACAGCUGUCGCUGUCUUUUUGGGCGUUACAUUCUUUAUUAUAGCUUUCAUUCUUGGUUAUCAUUGGCUUACUGCAGUCGUCUUCCUUAUCGGAAUAAUUGUUGCUAAUGUUCCCGAAGGCUUGAUUGCAACCGUUACUGUUUGCCUGACUUUGACUGCUAAACGUAUGGCUCAACGCAAUUGUCUUGUUAAGAAUUUGGAGGCAGUUGAGACACUUGGCUCGACUUCAACCAUUUGCUCUGACAAAACUGGCACAUUAACACAGAAUAGGCAAGUUUUGAGUUUUAUGAAUUUGUGUGCAGCUAAUAUAGUAAAUUUAAAUAUUGAAACCGUCAACACCUCGGAAGAUGCCGCUGCUGAUGAUAAUGUGGAUAAACAGAAAAAUGCAUCAGAAUUGCUUCGUGUUGCUGCUCUUUGCAACAGAGCUGAAUUUAAACCUGGACAGGAUGACGUUCCAAUUCUUAAACGUGAUUGCACUGGAGAUGCUUCAGAAAUUGCUUUACUAAAAUUUGCUGAACGCUCUUUAUAUGGUGGAGUCAUUCAGUAUCGUGCUGGUCAUCCUAAAAUUGCUGAAAUUCCAUUCAAUUCAACAAACAAAUAUCAAGUUUCUAUUCAUGCGUACGAAAAUGAUUCCAAUUUGUUGGUUAUGAAAGGAGCGCCAGAAAGAGUUUUGGCUCGUUGCGAUAAAAUUCUAAUUGAUGGACAGAUCCGUCAACUUGAUGAUAAAUUAAAAGAAACAUUUGAAAUUGCUUAUAUGGAAUUGGGAGGGAUGGGCGAAAGAGUUCUUGGUUUUUGUGAUUCUGUUCUAGAUAAAGAGAAAUAUCCAAAGGACUUUAAAUUUGAUACUGAUAAUCCAAACUUUCCCAUUGAUGGUCUCUGCUUCCUAGGGCUUAUUUCAAUGAUUGAUCCUCCUCGAGCGGCUGUUGUUAUGGUUACUGGUGAUCAUCCAAUUACUGCAAAAGCGAUAGCCAAAUCUGUUGGAAUUAUUUCCCCAGAAACUGAGACUGUCGAGGAUAUUGCUAUUCGUAAAGGAAUCCCAGUUACACAAGUUAAUCCUAGAGAGGCAAAAGCUAUUGUUGUUCAUGGAUCUGAUUUGAGAGAAAUGACUGAGGAUCAGCUUAACGAGAUUAUUGCUGAACAUUCUGAAAUUGUGUUUGCUCGAACAUCGCCUCAACAAAAGUUGAUGAUUGUUGAAGGAUUCCAACGUAGCGGGCAGAUUGUUGCAGUUACUGGGGAUGGUGUUAAUGACUCUCCUGCAUUGAAAAAAGCAGAUAUUGGUGUUGCUAUGGGUUUGUUUUUAUUUUCAGAGAUUUUAAAAAAAUUAAAAUCAGGCAUUGCUGGCUCUGAUGUUUCAAAACAAGCGGCGGACAUGAUUCUGUUGGACGAUAAUUUUGCUGUACCAGCAAUUAGCUUGGCUUAUGAAGAGUCAGAGUCUGACAUAAUGAAGCGUCAACCUCGCGAUCCUUUCCGAGACAAACUUGUUAAUGAACGUUUAAUUUCUUUAGCUUAUGGUCAAAUUGGAAUGAUACAGGCAUCUGCUGGAUUCUUUUCUUACUUUUGGAUUAUGGCUGACAAUGGAUUUAUGCCUCUUGAUUUGUUCCAACUCCGCGCUGAAUGGGAUUCGCGUGCAAUAAAUAAUGUUUUGGAUAGCUAUGGACAAGAAUGGACCUAUGCAAACCGAAAAAUUUUGGAACAUACAUGUCAAACUGCCUAUUUUGUCUCCAUCGUUAUUGUCCAAUGGGCUGAUCUUAUAAUUUCUAAAACCCGCCGAAAUUCAAUUGUUCAGCAGGGAAUGUCUAAUUGGAUUUUGAAUUUUGGAUUAGUUUUUGAGACUGUACUUGCUGCUCUUCUCUGCUACCUUCCUGGAACAGAUCAGGGCCUUCGCAUGUAUGGACUUAGAUUUACUUGGUGGUUCCCGGCAAUCCCCUUUUCGAUACUCAUUUUUGUUUACGAUGAAUUUCGCCGUUAUUUGAUUCGUCGUUAUCCAAAAGGAUGGGUUGAGCGUGAAACUUAUUAUUGA